CGGACGACCACGCUAGAACAUAUUUAUUCAGCACACGGGUAUCAGGUAUAUAGACGGGUGUUGUGAUCGAGACGACGGGGGUGUCGUACUUCCACCUGUCUGUUGAACAUGGCUCCCGGCGCAGCAUACACCGAUCACCAGUUCCGCUCCAACGCAUACACGGGCCCCCGCGCGACACCUACCAUCCCCGACGGCGGCAAGUUCAGCGUGUAUGCGGAAAUCGCCAUCAACACGCCGCCGCAGUACCCCUACGAAGCCCUCCUCGACCUGCACUCCUGGCGCGAAUGGAACACGUUCAAUCCCGAUGUGCUCAUCACCAAGCACCCUCAGGCACACAGGAGGAACCUGCGCCUCGAGCAGGGCACCUUCAUGACCUUCACCGUGCAGAUGAACGAGCAGGAAACCCUUAAAAGCAAACAAGUCUGCAUGCACCUCGACCCCCUGAAACACAAACACGAUGGCCGUCCCAGCCACGCAGCAGGCGGCAAUGUCACACGCAUCCGAUGGGUGAGUGACAACGCCAAUUACUUGGUUCCGGGCUUCGUGAUCAAGGACGAAAGGGUCAAUGAAAUUGAGGAAAAGGGGGACGAUGCCUGUGUCUAUCGCACCUGGAUCACAUUCAGCGGCUUUGCAGCGAAGAACUGGAAGAAGAAGCACGAGAAGGAUUUCCAGCAAAAGAUAGUGGACUUUUGUGAGGAUAUGAAGAGGAGGUGUGAAGCGAUGCACAAAGAGAAUCCCAACCUGGAGGUCGAGGAUGGGCGGGAACGGGCGAGGAAAAGUAUGCAGCUGGUGCGCAAGAGUGAGGACCAACUCCGUGCGUUACAGGGUGGAAAGCCGCAGAGAAUGGCAAGUGCUCGAAGCAAUGGGACUGCGUGAUAUGCCCGAGACCGUCGGUCAGCGCGCGUUGAGGCAGUGUACUGAUCUGAAGAUCAGCGCACGCUGAGUGGGAGCCACGCGCGUGACCAGCACCACAAUCCCAUGGGCUUUCAGGUCACACGAGCUCGUCAGUGUUUGUUCAUACAAAUAUCGAGUUGCAGCUUCUCAGAGCUUCAGACGACGAACCUUGAACUUCUCUCAAGCACGGCGAACCAGUGCUACGGUGUGCAUUCCUGUCCAAUACCUGGUCGAGAUACCCGUAUGCUGAGCUCGCGACGAGGAGUCAAAUGUCGAAAAGCCAUGUUCACCCGUCCACGUGUUCAUCCCCGAGCCAGGGCGUCUCAAAUCCAACGUCAAUCGAUUUCAAAAGUCUUGGUGGAGAGAGAGCACGAUACGUCUCUGCUGUGUACUCGCUCUAGCUCAUUCGUCACUGUCAGACGAGUGCAGCAGACCAGCAAGACUAUCCCGAAUCUAAGCGGUAACAGCGCAAUCGUCGUCCUUGUGGAUUCAUUCCACAUCGGCACAUUUGUUGAUAUUUGCGUUGUUGUGGUGGGGAUGUUGAGAAUAGUGGCCCGCCGGCAAAGGCGAAGCCGGAUGAGAAGGAAAAUGGUGACACGUCUUGAUCACUUCACAUAAACACACCUACUACCUCCUAGGUAGCAGCUUAGGUCCAUGUAGUACCUGGUGUUACUCAGACACUGCAAAGUCGCAACUCCUUCAUAGCGUGUUAUCAGUCUUUCACGGCAGCCACACCAUAUCGGGCAGUUUCCGGUCAGAAGAAGAAGUAUUGGCAUGCUCGUGUUCACUUGAUACAUACCACCUACCUUACCUUAUACCGUACCUAUUUUCUUCAUCGCUGCUAGGUUCUAUCCCAAAACGCGACAACAACGUCUACACCUCCUUCUCUACAUGUACCUACCAGAUACUUUCGAAAUCCACUCGCUC